CCUUGAGACAAUAAUAAUAGAUUAACAGGAUUGGUCGGAACAAAAUUGCAGUACUCCAAUUUACCUCUCAAAUUAGCAGUGACCGAGUUGAAGAAGAUGGUGUUGAAAUUGUACGUUGAUCGGUUGUCCCAACCAUCCAGAGCUGUUCUCAUCUUCUGCAAGGCCAAUGGAAUUGAGUUUGAUGAGGUUCUAGUUGAUGUUGCUAAAGGGCAGCAGCGUUCUCCAGAAUAUGCAGAAAUUAAUCCCAUGAAAAAUGUUCCGGCAAUAGUAGAUGGAAGAUUUAAACUGUUUGAAAGCCAUGCCAUUCUAGUCUAUCUUGCUUGCGCAUUUCCUGGAGUUGCUGAACACUGGUACCCGGCAGAUCUCUCUAGAAGAGCUAAGAUUGACUCAGUGUUGCAUUGGCAUCACUCCAAUUUACGUGCUGGUGCAGCUCCAUAUGUUUUCAACGCCAGACUUGCUCCUAUAUUCGGUCUUCCUCUAAAUCCACGUGUUGCUGCUCGAGCUGAAAAACUUCUUUCUGGCUCACUUGCAAAGAUUGAGUCUAUUUGGCUGAAAGGAAAAGGUAGGUUUUUGGUAGGAAGCUCGCAACCAUCCAUAGCAGACCUCAGCUUAGUAUGUGAAAUCAUGCAACUAGAGCUACUGGAUAAGGAAGAUCGCAACCGACUAUUAGGUCCGCACAAGAAAGUUCAGCAGUGGAUCGAGGAUACCAGGCAUGCAACAAGACCUUAUUUUGACGAAAUGCACAAUAUCCUUUUCAAGGUCAAAGAAAAGCUUGCUAGGAUGCCUGCAGAGGGAGCGACUAGCAAGACUCUUGCUGGUAACAAAAAGCAAAUACUUUCAAAGAUGUGAGUACGCACUGUAAUGGCAUGAACCACCUGAGGUUUACAAGGCGUAAACUAUGUUUGUUAUCCGCUACUGCCUGUGUAGUAUCAUCUAAAUUAUGAAUAUUGAAGCUCUUCCAGACUACUGAUCUGCUAGCGUUGUAAAGUAAAAACAUAAACCAUGGUUCUUUAUAUAAUCACUCUAUCCUGAA